AUGAGUGGACCUUAUAAUCAACGAGCAACACCUGAAAGUGUUCUUAGUUCUACUUUAACUGGUGGUCAGUCCGUUGGUACGAAUGUGACUAAAUCUACAGUAACACAUCAAACAGCAAGCGUUGUUCAAACUCCAAAUAGUGCAGCUGCUGUUGCUGCUCCAAGACAUCAUCGUCGUCGUCAACGCGAUGAAUCAACAAGUUCAAGCACUUCAUCAGUACAAGAUUUUAGAGUUAAUGGUGCAGGUACUGCAGCUGGUACUAGUUCCAGUACCUAUCAUCAUCAUCAUCAUCAUGCAUCUAGACAUGGCCACAGUCAUGGAGGAGCUGCAGGUGCAGCGUAUGGUGGAAAUUCCUAUCAACAACAAUCAGCUUCAAAUAGUUAUGCUCAAGGAGGAGCUGCAGGUGGACCAUACAAUCCAAACUGUGCUCAAGUUGAUGCUCAACCUUGUGGUGAACGACGACAAGCACGUCAUCAACAACAAGUCAUUCGAUUACCUGAACAAAAUCAAGGACAAGUACGACAAAUACGACGCCGCCUACCAACACCAGAACCUGAUGUACUUGAACGAGUUUAUAUCAAAGCUGUAGCUGCUGAAGUUAUUGAAGAAAUUACCGAAAUUCCAUGCACACCACCACCAAUAGUUCGAGAACGAACUGUUGUUGAACCAGCUGGACCACCUCGAGUGACUAAACGUUGCAUUCGUGUACCACCACGAGGUUGUGCUGCUCAACAAGGAGGUAAUUUUGCUGCUAAUGGAGGUUACUCUAAUAACUUAUUGAGUGCAGGAAGUUAUGGUAGUGUUCAACAAGCUUCUGCCGGUAAUCAACAAUAUGGUGGCCAGACACCUGUUGGUGUUUCUGGUGGAUUCGGUGUAGCACCUGCUAAUACUGGUAGCUAUGGAGGUUCUGGUCCAUCAUUUUCAGGUGGAUUUGGUGCAGCACCUGCCAGUACUAGCAGCUAUGGAGCUUCUAGUCAGUCAUAUUCAGGUGGAUUUGGUGGAGCACCUGCCAAUACUGGUAGCUAUGGAGGUUCUGGCCCAUCAUUUUCAGGUGGAUUUGGUGGAGCACCUGCCAAUACUAGCAGCUAUGGAGCUUCUGGUCCAUCAUUUUCAGGUGGAUUUGGUGGGGCACCUGCCAAUACUGGUAGUUAUGGAAGUUCUACUCCAUCAUUUUCAGGUGGAUGUGGUGGAUGUGGACCGUACAAUGGAGGUUCUCAACAACCAACCUCUAGCUUUGGUGGAUAUCAAUCUCCACCUGCUGCACCUACACCUAGCUUUGGUGGAUAUCAAUCUCCACCUGCCGCACCUACACCUAGCUUUGGUGGAUAUUCAUCUCAACCUGCACCUGCUGCUAUUCCACAUGCUAUGUGUUUUUAUAUUUAA